GCACUACAUAUAAUUGCACUACCGGUAUUUAAUGCACCCUUUGCAUAUGAUGAGCUACACACGGGUGUAAAAAAUUUCAUCAAAAUGGCUAUAGACUAUAGAGAAUUUAUUCAGUUUUUGUAUACUGGUACUUAGGACUUAGUUAAUAUAUGAGCCCACAAAUGAAAAUUGCAGUAAAUGAGUAGCCAAAAAAAUAUUUUUCAUUAAUUUUGUCAUUGAUAUAGGCUCAGUAAACCCUUGUUCUGCCAUCACUAAUUGAAUUAGCUAUGAAGUCAGUUCAAGCAGCCAGGAAGAGAAUGUUGCAGUAUCCAGAAGCUCUUUCCCAGUGUGCAGUUCAGGUGAGAUUACAAAAGGUUUAAAUUUGGAUCGGACUGAGUAUUAAGCACUAUACAUAUGUGUUGAGAGUCACUGAACAUAUUUUGUAUUUAUUCCAAAACAUUUGUCCUUUUUAACUUAUUAUUUGUGUUGGAACAUCCAUAUUUGUUCUUUGGCAGUGACACUAGUGUUAUCGAUUAGUUAUUAAUUGUUUGUCCUUUGUAUACUUCAGAGCUCUUUUUUCAUCUUACAGCAAUAGACUAUAAAAGUUUUGACUGUUAGCCUCUUAUCUUUGUUUUCAGUUUGUCAGUUACUGUGAGUAAAGGGUUGAAAGUGUUUAAAGAAAAAUUAUUAUUCCAUUAUGAUCAUUACGGUAUACAUCCUCCCAUAUACAGAUCAUUCAUGUCUUAAAACUUCACUCAAGACACAUCUGUUCAAACUCUACUAUCCCCCUUUGACUGAUAAAUGAUGCUGCUGGGUGCCGUCCAUGGCGUGACAUGUAAAUACAUCUGGGGUGGGCGGGGAGAAUAUAUAUUUUUUGUUUUGUUUUUAUAAGCUGCUUUUUAAUUAAAUAAAUGUAUGUCAUUUUUUUAAUGUUAUAAUUAUGUUUGCUAAUAUUUUUAUGUGCAGCGCAGUGAGCCCAGCCCUAUGUUGAGGUACUGCGGUAUAUAAGACCACUGUAAUAAUAAUAAUAAUAAUAAUAAUAAUAAUAAUAAUAAUAAUAAUAAUAUGGUAAUAAUAAUAAUAAUAUAUAUUAAAUUAUAUUGUGUCAUCAAAUAACAUACUAUAUGGUCUGGGACUAAUGAUUUAAAAGUGGCAACCUUUGGAACAGUGUUGCAUUUUCAGAAAAUGCAGCUAAAAUGCAGCUGUGUCCACCUUACAAGGGUUCUUGAACACUUUUAGUUUAGCACAUCUUUAAAUGAAUUCUUUACACAGUAAUAUAAACUUACAAAGAAAGAAAUGUUUGUUUGUUGAAAAAUGAAUACCGGUACACAAAUUAAUCACAUCCUUUAUCGGCUGACACUUUUUUUAUAGGUUUGUUAAGAUGGGUUUUAUUAUAGGUUUGUAAUGAUCUUAGUAUUUUAAAAAAAUAUUUUAUUUGCUCUAAGGAAAUUAGGACAGAUAAGAUUUGAAAUGAAAAAGAAAUUAGUGAUAAUAAGUUACGUUGCUAAGUUUAAAUUUUACAAAUAUUUAUAUUUUUUAAAAUUUGACAGGCCACAGCAUAUGGAAAGUGUGUUGCAUCAAAAGAAAAUGUCACCAAAACUGUUUGCCAGAAAGAAUUUGAAGCUCUUAAAGAUUGCAUAAAAACAGCAGUAAGAAUUUCACCAUUAAAUGGAUUGUGUUUACAAUUUAUUCAUAUAUGAAACAUAGAAUGUACUUAAUCAUUGAUCAGCCAGAAAGUUAGGAGAACAAACCUCUGUGAUUUUGUAUCAUUUCACAUUCUUGUGUAAAAAGAUUAGUAAGCCCCAAAAAAAACAUAGAAUGGCCUGCAAUAAUGCUAGAAAAAACGAAGAAUGUAUGAGAAUCCAAGUCUUAUCAUUUAUCAGUUAUUGCAGUAGAUAAAGCUGAUGCAAAGAGUUAAAUCUAAUAAAUGCCUAAUUAUUUUAUGAAAUAGUGAAGUUUGGGGGUUGGAAGGGGUGGAGGAUGUAGGGUGGGCAUUGCUUAAAUGUGGAAAUCACUGCUCUGUUUAGGCAAACAACUAAUUUUUUACAUCUCCAGAUGAAAAAGUAAAAUUAACUUUGAGAGAUUGACGCAACUUUGGAUAACUUAAAAAGGUGAGUUCUCUACUCUAGUAACCUUAAUAAAGGUUCCCUUUUAGCCUUAAGACACAUUCAAUUGCAUUUGCAGAUGAAAAAAAAUAAUGCCUACAUUUUUUGUCAAUCAUUCAAUCUCAAUCGUUGAGCGAUCGGGACACAAUCGUUAUUAAUCAGACACAAUCAUCUUAACCUUUUUCUGAAAUUUAAUACAGUAUACAAUCAAUUAUCUAUAAUUAAUUAGAGAUUGUGCAAAAAAUAUAAGUAAUUUGAAAAAUUAUAAGAAUAAAUGCCAAAUUUUGGGGGUAAAAAGGCUGUUUGAAUUUUGUUAGCAUAGAGAAUGAUCUCAGGCCUGAUGAUCUCUCACAGUGAGUGAAGGAAAUAAUCUUAACAGUGAAGAUCAAAUGUGGCCCCCGCAUUAAGUAAAAGAAAUAAUCUUAGGGGCCAUCCAUAUAGUACUUAUGCACUGAGGGAGUGGGGCUGUCGAUUUUGGAGAUUUUUGCGUAUGCAUGCAUAUGGUACGAUAUGGUGGGGGAGAGAUGUCUCGGCAGAAACUACAUAUAUUUAUUCACAAAAAAAAAAAAAAAAAUUAUCAGGAAAUUCUUACAGUCCAUAAAUAGCCUACUUAUAUCUCUAAUGCGGUAAAUUAAAAGUAUCACACAAUGUUUUUUAAUUGUCGUCAUAAUGUAGCACCGUAAAAAAUUAAGUAAAAGAAAUAAUCUUGGGGGCCAUCCAUAUAGUACUUAUGCACUGAGGGAGUGGGGCUGUCGAUUUUGGAGAUUUUUGCGUAUGCAUGCAUAUGGUACGAUAUGGUGGGGAGAGAUGUCUCGGCAGAAACUACAUAUAUUUAUUCACAAAAAAAAAAAAAAAUUAUCAGGAAAUUCUUACAGUCCAUAAAUAGCCUACUUAUAUCUCUAAUGCGGUAAAUUAAAAGUAUCACACAAUGUUUUGUAAUUGUCGUCAUAAUGUAGCACCGUAGAAACAGUAAUAUUUAGUCAACCGUUUGCCUUUUAAGAGCCAUCAUAAACGACAUCACACAUUUAGGGUAAGUGUGUGUGUGGGGGGGUGGGGGUGGUGGUCCACGAAUUAGUGAUGAAGUGUGAUUAAAGUUUUCUACAUGUAUAUAAUUUGUGUCACAAAUUUGUGAUGAAACAGGGUGUGGGGGAAGGGAGAAAAAACAACCUGCUGAACUAGCAUGUCAUCAUUUAUGGGAAUGCCCUACUCUUUUAUCAUCCACGUGCGUGACAUAUUUAGUUUAUUUUGUUUAGCUACACCAGUGGUUUUUAGAUAAAAAAAUUUUUUGCCGCCUUUACCAAGUUUAGAUUUUCACUAGGCGCACAAUACCGAUUUCUAAAAAAUACACUUCUUUGAGAUGGGGAUUAAAUCACAGGGUGUCAUGGCACAUAUUUUGGAAACUACUGGGCUUGCCAAACAGCAGUGAAAACCCCUCACACAUUUUUUUCUACUGUAACAUCAUAAUUGUGUAUGAAGUGCUAUGAAUAUAUUGAUUUGUUUUUGUUUUCUGUUCGGGGUUUGGGGUUUGAAAGCUCAUUGUACGGACGCAUUGGGGGGGGGGGGGGUAUGUGCUAAAAAUAUGCAUGCAACAGGGGGGAACUUUUUUUUUGCAUGCAUACUAAUUAUAUGGAUGGCUCCUUAGUAGUGAAGAUCAAAGGUUGCGCCUAUACUAAUUAAAGGAAAUAAUCUUAAUUAAUAGUGAAGGUGUCAUAAGAUAAGAUUCUUUUACUGAUCCAAACAAAUGGAAAUGUCUUUUGAUUGCAUUGUACAUUUUCAGCACAUAAAUAAAACAAUUAGAACUCAAGACAUCUACAUUAAAUUAUUCCACUUGUGAAAAAAACAGCCAUUCAGUGGAUUCUCUUAGCCAUUUCAGGGAAUUAUCAAUUUUCAUUAAGAUUUGUGACACGCUGAUAAAUUUGUAAAGAUUGGGGAACAAAAGCAUUUUUAUAUUUUUCAGUUCUCGCCCUGAAUUUGCCCGAACGGGCCCAUCCUAAGUAUCAUCCAAAAUUUGUUAAGUUCUACUAAAACAUCUUUCUUCAAAUAGUUCUUCAAGUGAAGGAUGUUUGGUUUGUGUUAUGCUCCUAGCUUCCUAGAUUAUUUUAUUUAUUCAGUGUUUAAUAUCAGAUGAUGAAUUUCCACACCAGCAGGUAAUAUUGAAAUUAAGUAGGGUUCCAAUUAUUGCACUGUAGAAUAAGUUAACGACUUUUUUGUUUAUGUUGAAUUGUACAGUUUUUUGAGGUAGAACAGUCUUUGGUUGAAUUUCUUAUACAGCAUUUAGUGAAGCCUCGUGAAAUUACUUUUAAAUUAUCUGAUGCUUUAUUUAGCUGAACAUUGGUAUGAACAAAAAAGAUAUAAAAACAUUUAAUGAAAUUUAAGACUACAAGCAAACACUACAUUUGUUAAGAUUCAUACAAAAGAAAUAACUAUUAUAUGCCUACUGACUCAACGUUCUCAAAGCUACUCCUCCUACUCUCACAACUACAAAGAUUAUUUGUGAAUGGUUAAUGCAGUAGCCAUCAAUGAUCCUCGGAUACACCAUUCCCCGAUAACUAAUAUUUAUACAAUGACUUAUUUAUGAACUAAUCCCAUACACUGAAAAAAACAUAAAUUUUCAGCUAAUAUUGUCUCGCUUGUAAGAUGUAAACAAAUGUUUUGACAGAUAGCAUAGUUUUGAAUGUUUGCAACUUGAUUAUUUUUUCAAUUAAAAAACCAGUAUGUACUGAUACUAAUGUUGGCAAGUCAUACUACUUAGCGUGUAUCAUUUAAAUAUUUGAGUCACUAGCACUGUGUUUCAAUGGAUUAUUAUAAAUAAAUGGUUAUUUUAGAUUACAAAAAUUGAUAUAUGCACACUAUUUUCUAUUUCAGAUGAUCAUGAGGAGAUUUUGUGUUGUAGAUAUAAAAUUAUUGCUAGAGACCAUGAAAGUAUAUCAAAAGGUUGGACUUUAUCAGACUAGAGAGUUUUGUGGGAGAAUUUUCACCCAAUGGGAAAUGACAUCCCUGAGGGAUAUAAAGGCCAAGUCAGUUUUUUCAAACUAUGGAUCUUUCCCUAACAAAUUUACAUCAUCUAAAACAUAUUUUUGUAGGCAAUAUUUAAGUUUAUCAUCAAAGUUUACAACUAAAUCUAUCCCUAGUGUUCCAGUUCUUUUAACAAACAAUCAGCUUUUAAGACAGCAUGUCAGUUAUACCCAGAUUCUGUCAGACUUUAAACACAGAUCAGCACAUCAUUCAUCACGGAUCACAGAUAAAGACAUUAGCAGUUUCAAGGAAGCUGAAAAGGAAUUAACUUCAGGCCGUCUUGCCUUUUUGUCCAAAAAUUUGAAAUGCAGUUUUGAUGAAACCAAAAAGAUGGUCGAUAAAUACACAUUUUUCCUUCAUUUGAAUCCGGAACUGAUCCUUGAAAAAAUUGCAGUCAUGCAAAGCUAUAGCUUGCCAAUAUCAUUUAUUAGCAGAAACCCUAGACUGUUAUACCAGCACUCCUCAGAUGAGUUGAAGAGGCGCUUACAGUUGUUGAAGGAGGCAACCCUCCUGACUGAGAAUCCCAUUAUCCAACAGCAAGAUUUAGCUCACUAUUUAGAAUGUCCGUACAAAACAUUUGAUCAUUCGUUUAAAAGGUUAUGUGCUGAGCGAGAUGCACUUGAGGGCUGUUGGAGUCAAAAAGAUUACCUUCAGUUGAGACUUCAAUGUUCCCAAGAAACAGCAGAGACAUUGUUGUCUCAAUCUCCUCUGAAAAAUGUUGUCAGCAAUGUUAAGCUGAAGCAGUUUUUGGAUUUCAUGUUGAAUGAAGCCAAGUUCAGUCCAGAGUUUGUUAUUCAACACAGGCAACUGAUGUCUUUUUCUCUUGACAGACUGAAAUUUCGAUGGCAUGUUAUGCAAGCUGCAGGUGUGUCUGCAUCUGAAGAGAUGGUUUAUGUGUGGAAAUUGGCUGAGCAAAAAUUCACUAUUCAGUUUGAAGCCUAUAUUUAAGCACCAUGCAUGUUGAAUUUAAUCUUUGGCUAACCCUUCAAGUUAAAAGUGAGAACAAUAUAUUGGAAGCAUUAAUUCUUCAUUAGAUUUAAAUAAGUCAAAUGAAAUUAUUAAGCAUUUUGACUAACCUGACACAUUUGAGGUCGUUAAAGGUAUUGGCAGGUAGUUGCUGACAGGUGUUGGUUUUGAAAAGAUAAAUGCUUUCUCUAAGAUUACUAAGAAUCAUUGCAAAUAAGUUUUAAGAUCCAUUGUUCUCCCCCUUCAAAGAAAACUAUAUUUGGUAAGGUUGUGAAAUAUAAUGUUUAAAAUAUUUUAGAAAUAUUAUUCCUGAAAUUAUUAUAUGAUUAGUUUAAACGUUUUCAAAAUUGUACAGGUCUUUAAAAAAGUCACUCCAUUUUAGAGAUGUAAUGUGUCUAUCACUGCGUUUUAGAGAUGUAUUGUGUCUAUAACUGUGCGUUUAGAGAUGUAUUGUGUCUAUAACUGUGCGUCUAGAGAUGUAUUUUGUCUAUAAAUGCACUUUAGAGAUGUAUUGUGUCUAUAACGGUGUGUUUAGAAAUGUAUUUUGUCUAUAAAUGCAUUUCAGAGAUUAUUGUGUCUAUAACUGUGCGUUUAGAGAUGUAUUGUGUCUAUAACUGCGUUUAGAUAUGUAUUUUGUCUAUAAAUGCAUUUUAGAGAUGUAUUGUGUCUAUAACUGUGCGUUUAGAUAUGUAUUUUGUCUAUAAAUGCAUAUUAGAGAUGUAUUAUGUCUAUAAGUAUAUGUUUUAGAGAUGUAUUGUGUCUACAACUAUAACUGUUAUCAACAAAUAUCUUCUGCAUGAACUUAUUGCUUUUGAAAUCUAGCAGUACCUAUUGAAUUUUAUCCUGUAAUUCAUGUGUAGGCCUACAUGUUUUAAAACAUUAAAAGUAACUGCAUCUCACCUAGGAAAUAAGUACCAGUAACUAAAGAUAUACGGUUACCAAGCCUUAUGUUUUUAAAAUAAAAUGUUGAUUGCUAUGUCCUCACUAUCUUAUCAAUAUCAGUUUUUAUGUGAUACUUGUUUUGCUAUGUGCUUUAUGUUUGAGAUCUCUAAAAACUGAAUAUAAUGUGAGAGCCAUGUGGCAAGUCUUGUACAAAUCCAUCAGAAUAACAUAGUGAUUUAUUUCGACUAUUAGCUGCCUUGCAGUCUUCAAAUUUUUAUUAAUAACCAGUAAACGUAAAUACAGUAUUCAUUUUAACUUGUGGAGGUCCAACCAAACAGUUUAUUUUUCUUGUAUAAGUUAUACAAGAAAAAUAAACUGUUUGGUUGGACCUCCACAAGUUAAAAUGAAUACUGUAUUUACGUUUACUGGUUAUUAAUAAAAAGUUACUUAUACUAUAAGUAUAAUGCCUUUUAAAAUGUGAAGUUCUUGGCAAAAGUCGAGCUUUCCUGUGCCUAAGGCUUCCACAGAAUGAAAAGAGGAUAGCACACAUAUAACAAGGAUAGUUUGUGUUGCUUUAAUCUUCUUUAAUAAUAAUAGUAUAGGGUUCUUUGUCGACACAAUUUUACAAUGACAACUUGACUCUCCACAACUUUGGCUCAAUUUAUAAUUCUUUUUUAUAGUGUAGUCUUAAAAACAAAAAGUAAUUUUUUGUUAUUGAAAUUGAAGCUGUGGCCCAGUGCACAUAUGAAAUAAACUGGAUGCAUUCUCUAAUCUUACAUCAACUUUUCGGCUGUGCAGUUGAUAUUAAAUCAGUUACAAUAAAUGGAAUAUUUGUCAAUCAUGUAUUUCUGUUUACAUAUUCAGCUAGAAAAGUAAGUUGCGAAAGAUUAAGUUUAAUACAUAACACUAAUAACAAAUAACACAAGGUAUAAGAGCAACAUGAAGGUAAAGAAUUAUUUUGAAUUUGAAACCAAAGAUGAAACAGUAGCAGGAAUUAUGUAGAAGAAACAAUCAUUGGAAAUGAUGCAGAGAUUCACACGAUGGAUUUUCAUGGAGAGUUUAUGUGUAAAUGGUAACAGUAACAUGAACAGAUUGAAACAUUGGAAACAUUUUAGAAAUUGUGAACACCAUGAAAUAACAGCUGAUUAGCUCCAAAGUUUUUAGUUUCAUUAAACUUUCAUGUAAUAUAUAAUAGUAUUAAUAGACAAAGUUGAGCUUUUGUUACUAAACGCUUAAAUGCAGUUUAAAUAAAAACAGUCUGCACAUGUGAAACAACCCUUCCACAUUUCAAAUAAACCACACUUCACCAUUGAUGACAAACAUUAGUAAAAGUCAAAGAUCAGCUUUCUUUCCCACAGAAGUCAGAAAGCACACAUCCAAUCAUUUCAGAUUGUUUUUCUUUAGUUAACGUUUAACUUUUAAGCACAGAUAUAGAUGAUGUGUAUGUUUGGAA